AUUUGUUUAAAAAUGGCAGAAUAGUAAUAAGCGGAUUAUUUGAAUCUUAAAGUGAAAUCAUAAGAUGGAGAGGAAGUGUUUUUUAAAAUUAAAAAGUAAACAUAAUUCAAGAAAUUAAUGGAUGCAUAUUGUUCAAGGCAAAAUGUACGAUCAGUUAAUUAUUUUUUUAGUUACAAAUUCAAAAUGUUCGAUUUUUAUUUGAUGGUGAAAGAAUAUUAGAAACAUAAACUCCUGCUGAUGUAAUUUUGCUUAGCUUAUAUUUAGAUUGGAAUGGAAACAGGUGAUGAAAUCGAUGUCGUAAUAGAAUAAGUUGGUGGCUUGAUGUAAUAAUUGUGUUGA